UUUUAACCUCAAUAUUCUGUUUCCUAUGUUUAUUUUAAAAAAUGGAUUUAGAAGAUUUUAUUUCAAAUUUAAGCAAAUAUUUAAUAGGCGAUACACCAAAUAAUAGCAACAUAAUUCGUAAGCAUACAAGAAAUCUGGAUGUAUUAGGUGACAUUAGUUUUCCUUUAAAUUUAAAAAACUGGCAUAAUUUACUGGAUUCAAGUAAAGUUGUUAAAGAAGGUACAAUUUUUGAUAAUUUAAAUCAUAAUAAAUCGUGGAAUAAUCAGUUGGAAGAUUUAAAGAAAGCAAGUGAAGAAUGGAGACUUCAUAUAUUUAAAUUUAAAAAAAUUAAGAACGAUUUACAUAUAUUUUUGCUUAAACAUAAAGUAUUUGCCCAUACUUUACCCCAAGUGUUUAAUUGUGGAGAUUCAUAUGGUUCUAGUGCAAUAAUAAAAAGAAACAUAAACGUGAUUGUAGAUGCAGAUGUUCAUAAAACAAAUGAAACAAAAGACUUGACACAAUUACGAAUAACCAUUUUACAUAAUACUUUAAAUAACCUGGUGAAGUACUGUGAAGAUAAGAAUACUGAUGGUGAAUGUUCUGUGUAUCUUUCUUCAAAACAUGUUGCAAACCCAAAUUGUAUUAUUUGUGGACCCAUUUUGAAUAAAGAUAACAUGAAGGAUACUGAGACUACUGCUGAGGAUAUAUUUAGAGAAAGAAGAAUAGAUAUGAUGGACAGUGCACAGCACAGAUUUCAUGUACCAGUUACUAACACUCCUUACUGGCAAGUCUUUUUCCAAAAGUUAGGGAAAGGAGCUGUUACAAUAGAAUUAUUAUCUGUGAAGCCUAAUAAAGCGACAAAACUCUUACUAAAAGAUAGUAGAACAGCUAAUAAAGGUCCAGCAUUUAUUUUCUAUAAUUGUGCCAGACUAUCAGUUUUAUUUAAGGAAUUUGAUAAACAUGUCAAGGAAAAAAAUACUUAUCCAGAACUACCCAGUGUGGAUCAAAUAGAUUUUAAACUGUUAAAUCAGCCAGAAGAAUGGGAAUUAUUAUAUGUAUAUAUUUUACAAUUUCCAUUAAUUGUACAAAGCUGUGUGAAGGAUUUAGAGAAGGGGAUUUAUAAUCCACAAAAUCUAGUGCAAUUUUUAUCAAACUUGUCUUCUGUAUUCAGUAUUUACUAUAGAAGAGUCAGAAUUUUAAUAAAACCUAGAGAUCACCUCUACAGCCAAAUCCAUGCCAGAAUUUAUUUACUUAAAGCUUUGGAAGUUGUUUAUCAUAAUUCUUUAAGAUUGUUAAAUAUUGAACCUAUUAAACAUAUGUAAAAUUGA